GGUAACGGUGAUUGACUCGGUCAAAAGCCUUUUCUUGAUCCCAUAAAAUGAUACCUAAUGGCUCGCGGUUCCUUGAGUAAUGCUCAAUAAUCGAUCUGAUUAAGUGCACAUUAUCUUGGAUUGUUCUACCUGAGAUCGAGCAAGAUUGGUCAGGGUGAACUAUUGUGCUUACCACUGCUCGUAGUCUGUUGCUGACCACUAUCGAGAGUAUCUUUUAAUCGAUAUUCAUCAAAGAAAGUGGCCGGAAACCUUUUAUCGAUUCUUCAACAGAUCCUUCCUUUUUUAACAAAGUUAAGAUGGCACGUAAAAAGGAUGAGUGGAAUCGUUGAUUUACCCAUGCACCAUUGAUCAUUUUCACAUAAUAUUCACCAAUGAUGGGGAAUAUUACUCUCCAUACGUCUACCGUAAUCCCAUCGUCACCUAGAGAUCGUCCUAUCGUCAUUUCCUUGAGAGCGUCAUAGCAUUCUCCAACUGUGAUUUCCUUUUCUAGUUUAUCAACAUUUUGAGGAGUUUCGGUAAACCGGUCAAGAAUCUGUUCCAGACUCCACUAUCGACUGGUUUUUCACUGUACAGCUCAGUGUAAAAAUCAGUGGCUACCGUCAGCAUCUCUGAUGUUGACUCUACUUUUCCUUUUGUAGGAUGUAACAAAAAGGGAAUAGGAACUUGGCUAGCUUUUGCACUGGCCAUAGUUGUUUUUGCGAUCAGGCCCAAAUCUUUGACAUUUCUUUUGUUUUCCAUUAGUUUUUGCAAGAGCUUUUCUUUCCAAAUUUUCACGAGUUUGGUUGUGUAUGUUAUUCAUCAAGACAAAAUCAUCCGGUGAUGGGUUGGUAGCUAAAUGACCGUAACUCUUUUGUAAGCUGAAUAAUUCGCGUCGGGAUUCUCUAACCAUCUCAUGAGUUUCAUCGUGUAAUAGAGAUCGUUUGAAAAAAAAAUUUCUGUGUGGAAUAGGGCUUGGUACUUCUACACGACAAUCACACCCCUAUCUAGCGACUGAUUAUAUUAGCUAUAUAACAGAACAAGAAAAAAAAACUAUUGGUUGAAAAAUAUAUAUCAUUGGAUACGUAGGAUAUCCUAGGUCGGGAUUCGAGCAAUUCCUGAAAGGAUUCGCCCACAGACUGGUUUCAACUCUGCUUCCGUUGGCUCCAAGCACCACUGGACCAGCGCUUUCUGUUCCAGCUGUCGCUCUAAAAAUUUAGCAUACUAUCAAAGAGAAACCCCGCGAUCAAGCCACCGAGCUUUGGCUGUCAAAAACCGACAGCCAACCUCGGCAAUUCCGGGAAAACCUGUGGCGAUUCGUCUCUUCACUGGCUCCAACUCUAUGUUUGAUGGCUCCAGAUAGAACUUUUCAUGCUCUAUCGAUUGCAAUCUUACUUUUUACUUUUGACACAGUCAUCGACGAGAAAAUCGCAAAUUAGUACCUUGAUCAUAUGACAUCAAGGGUAAAUAUGAGAAAAUGCUGUGGCGAUUCGUUCUUCACUGGCUCCAACUCUAUUUUUGAUGGCCUCAGAUAGAACUUUUAUCGUUUGCAUAUCAGGAAUUGCUCGAAUCCUGACCUAGGAUAUCUUACGUUCAUUGGAUAAACAAAAGAAGGAAUUAUGAACGCAAGUAAUAGAUGACUUUAGUUAUAGAAAGCUAUAAUAGAUAACACUGACAGAUUUCAAUUAAUUACAACUAGUAAACGGAUUAAAUAAUAAAAUAACAAAGAGCAUUUGUUAUAAGGAUGUAGGACAGAAAAGAUAAACGAGACAAUAAAAGGAUUUAGUAAUAAAACGAGACAUGAUUUGUUCUGACAAUUGUCAUUUAAAUUGUAUUAUGAUAUGAGCACCUAAAGAAAUUAUAUAAAUAAUAUCAUGUGCUAAGAGCAUAGUACACUCCUUAACUGUUCGAAAAUGUCAAUUUAUCCUUUACCACCCGUCGACCAAAUGACUGCACACGAUUGACACAGUAUUACUAGUACGUUGGAAGAUUAUACUUUGUUCUGUCAAUCAGUGGGAUUAAUACCGUAUUGUACAAGUCAGCCGUGUUCCAAUGGCCAUCAUAACUGGUACAUGGGUAAAUAUUCAAGAGCGCAAGAUAGAUAUCAAUGGCGUUGUCAUUCGAAGGAUUGUAAAUUAACUCGAUCUAUUCGUGAAGCUACCCAUGAACAUCUUCGUCGUCAUUGUAAUUUCUCGAGCAUUGAUGAAGAUAUUUUAUGGGAAAUAAUUGAUAAAGCGUCGAAACAAACAACAUUAGCAAGAGCAAUAAUUCGUCAAAAAUAUUUGAAGAAUUUUCAUAAAAGUUUAACAACGGGUGGAGAAAAUUGGCCGAAAAUUGGUCAUCAUAUUCAAGCAUUUGUUUUAGAAGGUGUCCUAAAACAACAAUCAUCAACAACAGCAUUAUCAGAACAACAUAGUACAACACGAGGAAAUACACGGGGAAAUAUACGAAGGAAUGGACGGAGCAAUGAAAAUGUUAAUGAACGCAGAAGUGGAUGUCGAAGCAGAGAACGUGGGAGUCAAAGUUGCGAUGAUCGAAUUUCAAAUAACAUCUGUACAGCAGUGGCAGCAAAAUCAAUAUCUAUUGAACCAAUAUGA